AGGGAAGACACGCGUCGAUUUGUCAACUCUAAGACCGAUAUUUUUGAAGUAAUAAACUUCGUUUAGUGAACACUCCAAUGUGAUGUUGUAGCUACAUUUUUUUAAGAUGAAACUUACAUAUUUGGCAGUGAUUUUCUUUUAAAUUGCAAAGUGAAGAAAAUUUAAAAAUAAACAAAAUAUUUACAACUUUGUUUUAAGAGUUUAUAAAAAGUAUUAAUUGUUUUUUUUUUUUAAGUUAUGUUACGCACUAAAUGUAAAUUUUAAAUCAUAUUGUUACUACGCUAGCUUUAAAGGCUUUUAAUCACUUUGUGAUUCAGUGGACCAGGCUUCAAACGCGCCACGGCAUCAACCAGGGCGUCUAAGGCGUUGCAGCCGAUUGCUGAUUCCGGACAGAACAAACCUGCAUCAUGCACUUCAUCCCGAUCAUGGAAAAUUUAAAUAUCGUUGGUCAUAAAAUAGACAGUACUUCAUUUAUUCAGCGCUUUUCUUUUUACACGUACAUUUUCUCCUUAUGGUUGUUAGUCAUGACGUUUCGUAUGUGGGUGUUGAAUAUCCAAGCUUGACAGAGGGAGAUGCGUUUUUAUUUCGUUUUAUACGUGGUCUACAAUUCCAUCAGUAUUAUAUGCAUCAUACACCUGAAUUAUGUGUACGACGUCACUAUUUGUGUAACCCUGUUUUUGGUUUUGGAUUCGAUGUUUCUGCUACGAUUUAUGUUAGCUGUAAUCGAUAAUACUAUCCAAACUGUUAAUCGAGCCCACAAUGAUUUCCACAGAGAAAUGAGACAUCUCCGAAAUCAUCAUCAUCGAAAUUGAAAUAUCAAAUAAUCAUUUAAAGUACUUUUAAGAAUUAGAAUUAAGUACAUAACCAUGUUUUGAUUUGAGCUAUAAUAUGGAUGAGCUCUUUGAUGAUCCCAGAGAUAAAAUAGAAAUGCAGCAAAAUAAAAGAACAAGCAAGAUUCAACGAUAACUGACUUCAACAUCACACAAAUGGAAAAAACUAAAAUCUAAAAUUAUAAACUCAAAUUAGAACAAUGCUCGUGAUAUGUAUAAGUAGUUUUUGAAAUAUAAUAUAGGACAAUACAUACGUAUACAAAAUAUUUGAACUAUAUUUUGGAGUAUCAUGGAGAAAAAUGAUUAGAUUUAUAAAGAAAUGUACGAAAAAAAUAUGAAGUAGAGAAACAUAUCAAAAUGGCGGCAGAUUACCACCACCCAGUCAGAAAGAAAGAUCACUGCGUCCAUUUUGCGGAUGAUUUAUGUGAAAUUUUUUACUAUGAAGACGAAAUCGAUUUACCCGACGAACCACGGCUUGUCUCCCCCACUCUCAACGUUACGAAACUAAAAUGGAUAAUUUUCGCGAUAAUAACGGCUAUACUGAUCACGAUCUCGGCUGUGUUGUAUCUGGUAGUUACAAAGCCUCAUCUGCAGGCACCACCUCCAGAUGAACAACAAAGGCUUCUUCGGCAAUUCAAAAUGAACAGGACUGUAGAUGAUAAUGAGCUUGCAAAAAAGCAAUUUCGGGUAAAACCAAAUUGUUUUUUUGCGUACUCUCUAAUAGGAGUACGCAAAUUCAACAAAACAAUUUGUCUUUACCCGAAUAGUACUAGCAUGAUACCGGAUAAUAAAAAUGCCGAGAUCAUUGACUUUCGAUUGGAUCCACGGAAAAUAAUGGCAAAACAUCGAGCGCUAAAAGUAAAUUCGAAAGUUAUACCCCCAACAGGACAGCCGGAAGCAUUAAGCCAUAAAUUAGGAGUUCAAAGAGGUGCCUUUAUAAUAGAACCGAUUGAAUUCAACAAAUUGGACCCAGAGAUGAAAGACAUUGAAAUGUUUGAUACAUGGGAAAAUUUGUUAGCGGCUAUACUUCGUGGCUUAGAAGCAUUUAAUACCACAGAAGAAUUUGAAGCCGAUGAGGCAUCGAGAAAGGCACAGCCUUUCAAAAGAACGAGUUCAGGCGCCUUACACGAAACAGUGGCAUUCAAAGUCAAUAGAAUCUUAGAAAAGACGAUGGCAGAUAGUGCUUGGGCUUCAAUCGUCGUAGAAACAAUAUCACAGAUCUAUAACAGUGAAGAAAGUGAAGAAAGUGAAGAAAUUACCAACAAAAUGGCAGUAAAAGUAUCGGAACAACUGAAGAUAGACAUGCAGGGAACCAGUACUGAAGAAACAUUUGAAGACGCUACGAAGAUAACCAUGGCUUCUAAAAGACAGGAAUUAGAAGAACGAAGAACAUCAGAGGCAGAAAACAGUGACGGCUUAGAAGAAUUGAAAGCCUUAAACGAUACGGUAAUCACCACUGAUCCAACGAAUGAAAAUAGCACGGCAAAAGAAGAGUACAACAUCACGCAACGCAGGUAAGAUCCAUCCAGUCCUGGGGGGUGAUCGAGGUAAGUCUUAGGUAAGAACACGGCCGCUGAUUUAAAUUCAUUUUAAAGAAGAUACAAUAUCAAUCAAUUACGCUUUGAGAAUUCAGUAUGACGUAAUAAAAAUCAGCACUAAAGUUGGACACGUAGCUUGACCCGUCAAAGCUAUUUAUAGACUUAACUUUGAUCAAGCGCCCUCUGAAGUGAACAUGUUUUUGUUAAUGCUGUUAUUAAAUAUUAAUUACCUAGUUUGUGAAUGUGCUAGUGUAAUUCGAUGAUUUAAUAACACAAGAUAAUAGGAUGUUAAAAUUAAUGUUUUUGGUUUCCAAAGUACUUGUUUGAAAUAAAAGUUAAUGAAUUGAAUCAGCGGUCAUGAUUACAAUGAUUUCAAAUUUGAUUUAUGAUUAUCGUAAAUAAAAAACAAUAAUCAGGUAUUUUAUUUUAAAUCGAUUGAAAAGUUUAUUUAUUUAUUUGUAAUAGUCAAAAAAAUUUGUUCUGUACUUUAGUCAUAUUAGAUGAUGUUUAAAUUAGUUUCAUUUUCAAUCGAAUAAUAUUGGUUUCACAUAUAUUUUCAUUUUGACCGUUCAUAUGAAUCGUCAGUCUGUGGCAGGCCAUCCAUAGGUCGGUAAGCCAUGCCCGCUUCAAGUUAUUUUGAAAGCUCAAAAUUGGUAAUAGAUCCAUUGUGCGCCGAAAUUAUAUCAUUAAGAAUAAGAGAAUGGAUCGCAAUAAGAUCGAUUGUAAUAAGAUCAUGCGGAAACUUCUGAUUUUGUAAAAGCAUUGUUUUACAAAGCUUUCCAAAAACAGAGACCACGUAAACAGAUUGGUUAGAUUUUGAACGUUUUAGUGCAUAACGAUUUUUGGCACACAUUACCAAAGAAAACAAUUUUAUCCGUUGAAAAUUUAACUUAAAAAUGUAACAGUUCGAACAUCAAAGAAUGUAAAAUGAACGAAAUGAUCUGGCUUUGUCUCUGACAUUGCCUUUUAUAUGGGCUACAAUGAACAAUUGAUAUCUAGUAAGCUGCACGUCCGAAUCUGUAUUUCAAUACAAAGUUUAAUUAUGUAUUAUUUUAACACAAACUAUUGAUAUCUUAACGAUAUUAUCUUAAAAUCGAAAAUUUUGGAUUGGAAAAUUUUGGAACAAAUUGAAUUGGGAAGCGAGUUAAAAUUUUAAAAAAAAUCAUUUAAUUUUGAAAUAAUUUUAAUGAGUUUAAGUUUAAUGAAAUUAGUUAAAGCAAAAAUUUCGAAAAGCGCUAAAAAUUCUCCUUGUACUAUGUUUUUCGACAAACAAAUAUCAUGUCUGCCGUAGCUGCUUAAAAUCCUUAACCUUACUAUGAAAUAUCGUCAUUGACUUGUGUUUAAAUAAAAAAUUAAAUUUAUGAAAAAAAAUUGUAUUAUCAUCUGCUAAAAUCUGCGCUGUACUUUUUUUAAAUGUAUUUUAAACUGCAAGCACUAUAAUUUUAAAAGAAUAUUAUGAUUACAGUUAUAAUACUGAUCACUGUAAGCUCUGUAACAUAUUUAAUUUUUUUCACUAAUUAAUAAUUAAUUAUAAUUUAAUUUUUAUCAUACCAGAAAUGUAUAAAUGUAAUUCUGUGGAACUUGUGUUCGUAGCUACAUUCGUCAAGUAAUUAAUUCGAUAGCAUUUUUUCCUAUUAUUUGAAUUAACUUUUAAAUGUAUAACAUUGGACAUUACAAACACUUCAGAACUAGAGUACAAGAUCCAUCUUAUGAUAUCAUUCAUCUUAUGUUGAGAUGUAAAGUGAGACAUUAAUUAUAAUUAAUUGAUCAAAUUCAACGAAACAAAUAUAUGUAUCUUUCUUGGAGAGAGAUUUUCAAUAAAUGCUUCUAAUAAAUGAAAACAUUUCCGAAAGUAAAACUAAAUUUAUCAAUGUUUAGAUUUCAAAAUCAAAAUUUACAUUACCUUAUCGUCUCGAAUUUUAAAAAUUUCAAUCCGUUUCAUAUUUUUCUUUUUUCUCCGUCCUUUUCUCCGUAUUUAUGCCACCGUUAACAUUUUAAAUAAAAAAGUGGCCAAUAAUAAAGAUAGGCAUAAAAACAAAAAGCAAAAUAUUAAAUUAACUUUGGUAGAGACGAUUGUUUAUUGCUACUUUAAGCGCGCUACGUAAUACAACAUAUUCCGUAGUUGGUUUUCUUCUUAAUAUAGAAAUUGAUCGGUUUUAAGCAGCCAAAUAGCAGCUAAAUAAAAGCGGUCGAUUUGUCUACUACAGCAAAGCCCGUUCUCAGUAAGAGGCAAAGUUUAAACAAAACUCAUUUUUGAAAUAUUUUAUGCAUCUAAGGUUCGUUGCUAAUUAAAUAUACAAUAACACUAUUUCAUUUAUUAUAUUCAGGUUCUUACAAACUAAUUUUGACUAUAAAUUUAUGGAUGAUUUUAUUAAUUUAAAAAUGAUUUAAAUUUGAUUUAAAUUUACUAAUCAUUCAGUUUGAUUUGAUACCCAUAUAAUAAUUGUUAAUUUAUUAAUAGACGUUUGAAACAUGACGCCAUAUUAAAAUAGUGAUUACGAUAUCUUCAUCGAAACAAGGCAAAUGAAAUAACAUGCUAAAAUGAGUUGGCACAUGGUAAUCAUAUCGCUACGUCACACGAGAUCUUCCGAGUGUGUUUGGUAAUUUAAAACUUUGGUAAUGCUCAAUUAGCGAACGUCUAUAAAAUCGUAUAUUACGACACAGUGACACGAUCUCUCGUUUGAAAGCGCAAACAUUAGUUUUACGACGAGCUCUUUGCUCGCGAAAUGUUAAAUUCCUAAAAAUAAACUAACAAAACACGCGAGAAAUUCACACAACGGGAAUCUCUUUUUAGUGUUUCCGGUACCAAAUACUAAUAAUCUAGGCAAAUCGUUCAUUUUUACAAACUCAAUAAUGCAUGUGCAUUCAAGAAAUAAAUCGCGCUAUCAUAUAAUUGUGUUGUGCACGCAAAUACUAUUUAGAUAUUUAAAAAUGAGCGCGAUCUGUGAACUCCGGGAGUAUCUGCUGGUCCAUCUCAAAGCACGUAGCAUAAAAUCAAAAAGAAAAUAACAACUCAAGUUUGUAAAUGAUUCACGUUUUUUUUUAUGUGAACGCUCCUCAACACCUGCAAUAAAAACAAAUUAAAAAAGGUUUAAUUUAAUAAUGAACCUGCAAUCGAAACUACUAGUAACACAGGUGACGGCUGGUUUCGUACCAACAACAA